AUGGUGCAGGGAUCGCUGAAGAGAAACUCCUCGAUUCACUCCCGCACCUCAAUCUCCUCUCCCGGCCAUCAAACAGCUGAGAUGGGCGCGGCGAGCACUUUGACACCGGAGCAGAUCACGGAGUAUAAAGGAGUUUUCGAGAUGUUUGACGAGGAGGGGAAUGGAGACGUGAAGACGCAGGAGCUGGAGAGACUCAUGAGUCUGAUGGGAAUAAACCCCACCAAGAGGGAGCUCAGUCAGAUGGCCAAGGACGUGGACAAAGACGGCAAAGGAAUCUUCAACUGUGACAGUUUCCUGGGACUGAUGGCGCUGUACCAUGAGCGGGCGAAGAACCAGGAUGCAGAGCUGCGUGCAGCUUUCAAGGUCUUUGACAAAGAGGCCAAGGGUUACAUCGACUGGGACACCCUCAAGUAUGUGCUGAUGAACGCAGGGGAGCCCCUAAAUGCAGAGGAGGCAGAGCAGAUGAUGAAAGAGGCUGACAAAGAUGGAGAUGGAACCAUAGAUUAUGAGGAAUUCGUGGCCAUGAUGACUGGAGAUUCUUUCAAGAUGAGCUAA